GCGAGGGCGGCGCCGCCGCCGCGGGGCCCAGCGAAGAGGAGGAGGAAGAGAUUUCACUUUUGAGCGCGCAUGUUGAUUCACAUGUCACAUCUAGAGCUAUGCUGUCAGUUGUCCUGAAGUUCCUUUCCAGACCAUGUCAUCGUGUCACUCUACAGUCCUUGUAACUGCUACAUACUGCAAAAGGAGAUCUGACUGAUUCUUGCCCUGCUUGGGGACCAGUUUCUGUGUGCUUUUGUUCGCUAGUUGGAAGUUGUUCCUUCAGCAGUCUACUGAAAACAAAUGCAAACUUGAGGUGCUCUUCAUGCCAGCCAUGUCACUAGCUGAACGGGUUUCACGGCCCUCUGACUCUGUGGGCCUCUGUUACUAGUCACACUGGGAACUUUUGACCUACAACGUUGAUGUUGAGCGUUUUGUGUUUUAAGGUUUUGAGGAAAAUGCAGAGACGGCAUAGCAGCAACACUGACAGCAUUCCUCCUGAAAGAAACCGAAGCCAAACAGUCAGUUCUGAAACCAGUGUGGAUGAAAGCGGAGUUUUUGAAAGUCUGAAGGCUGAAGCUUCUUCGCCACAACAGCUGUUCUCAGGCCUGGCAGGUAUCCCUUCGGGGACCAUCACAGCCGCCCCAUUCCAGGCAGGUUUGGUUCUGGGGUCUUCAGCAGGAGGUGGGGAAGUAUUCAUUCAGAUGCCAGCCCCAAGGGAGGAAGGGACCAGCCGUGCAGAAGGAGCCCCAUUUCACCACCGGCAACAGCCCCAUCAUUUCCACCAUGGCCAUCACCGGGGUUCGUCUCUACUACACAUGGCAGGAGGGGACCGCCACGGGCACGCUGAGGAAGGCAGUGAUGAACAGACUGGCACUCCAGCCCCAGCUCUUUCAGAGUUAAAAGCUGUGAUUGGUUGGCUGCAGAAGGGCCUUCCCUUCAUCUUGAUCCUCCUGGCUAAAGUUUGUUUCCAGCAUAAGCUUGGGAUUGCUAUGUGCAUUGGUAUGGCCAGCACAUUUGCAUAUGCCAACUCAACACUCCGUGAACAAGUUGCUUUGAAGGAGAAGAGAUCAGUAUUGGUUGUCUUCUGGAUCCUGGCCUUUCUCACUGGAAACACCUUCUACUUGCUUUACACAUUCAGCUCACAGCAACUGUACAACAGCCUUAUAUUUCUGAAACCUAACCUUGAGAGGCUGGACUUCUUUGACCUAAUGUGGAUUGUUGGGAUCACUGACUUUGUACUGAAGUAUCUCACCAUUGCACUGAAAUGCCUAAUUGUUGCCUUGCCUAAGAUCAUUCUAGCUGUCAAAUCAAAGGGAAAAUUUUAUUUGGUUAUUGAAGAGCUGAGCCAGCUGUUCCGCUCCCUUGUCCCCAUCCAGUUGUGGUACAAAUACAUCAUGGGAGAUGAUCCAUCAAGCAGCUACUUCCUUGGUGGGAUUCUCAUCAUCCUGUAUAGCCUCUGCAAGUCUUUUGACAUCUGUGGUCGUGUGGGAAGUGUCCGGAAGGCACUGAAAGUCCUUUGCACUGCACAGACCUAUGGAGUUCGUGCUACGAGCCAGCAGUGCAGUGAGGCAGGUGACAUCUGUGCCAUUUGCCAGGCAGAAUUCAGGGAACCUUUGAUCCUUAUGUGCCAGCAUGUGUUUUGUGAAGAAUGCCUCUGCCUCUGGUUUGACAGGGAGAAGACCUGUCCUCUUUGUCGUUCUGUCACAGUAGACACCCUGCGUUGCUGGAAAGAUGGCACCACCUCUGCUCAUUUCCAGGUGUAUUAAAACCAACGCAUACUAACUCAUGGAAGGACAUGUGUGGAGACAAGAAAAAACUGGAAAAUCUUUUGGUGUCCCAUACACCUAGUUAGUUGCCUGUGGAUUGUCUUGGUCUUCC